CCCUGUACUAGAUCCUAUUGGCUGGCGGGCUCGCGACCGGGAUUCCUGAUUGGCCCAUGGCCCUGAGGCGACAGAUUCCGGAAAGGGGGAAGAGUAUCCAAUAUGGCGGCGGAGCGCGGCGCGGGGCAGCAACAGUCGCAGGAGAUGAUGGAGGUUGACAGGCGGGUUGAAUCUGAAGAAUCAGGUGAUGAGGAAGGGAAGAAGCACAGUGGCGGCAUUGUGGCAGACCUCAGCGAACAGAGCCUGAAGGAUGGAGUAGAGCGGGGUGAGAAGGACCCAGAAGAGGAACAUGAGCUGGCUGUGGAUAUGGAAACUAUCAGCCUGGACCGAGAUGCAGAGGAUGUUGAUCUGAACCACUAUCGUAUUGGAAAGAUUGAAGGCUUUGAAGUACUAAAGAAAGUGAAGUCCCUCUGCCUGCGUCAAAACUUAAUUAAGUGCAUUGAGAACCUGGAAGAACUACAGAGUCUACGAGAACUGGAUCUCUAUGAUAAUCAGAUCAAGAAGAUUGAGAAUCUGGAGGCGCUGACAGAAUUGGAGAUUCUAGAUAUUUCUUUUAAUCUGCUGAGGAACAUUGAAGGGAUUGACAAAUUAACCCAACUGAAAAAACUCUUCUUGGUCAACAACAAAAUCAAUAAAAUUGAGAACAUAAGCAACUUACAUCAACUACAGAUGCUGGAGCUAGGAUCUAACCGGAUCCGGGCAAUUGAAAAUAUUGACACAUUAACCAACCUGGAGAGUUUGUUUCUGGGGAAAAACAAAAUUACAAAACUUCAGAACCUGGAUGCACUUACCAAUCUGACAGUCCUCAGUAUGCAGAGCAACCGGCUAACGAAGAUUGAGGGUCUGCAGAGCCUGGUGAACCUUCGAGAGCUAUACCUCAGCCACAAUGGCAUUGAGGUCAUCGAGGGCCUGGAGAACAACAACAAACUCACGAUGUUGGACAUUGCAUCAAACAGAAUAAAAAAGAUUGAAAAUAUCAGCCAUCUAACAGAACUGCAAGAGUUUUGGAUGAAUGACAAUCUCCUGGAGAGCUGGAGUGACCUCGAUGAACUGAAAGGUGCCAGAAAUCUGGAGACAGUGUACCUGGAGCGCAACCCCCUGCAGAAGGACCCCCAAUACCGGCGCAAGGUCAUGCUGGCCCUUCCCACUGUGCGGCAGAUUGAUGCCACAUUCGUCAGGUUCUGAGUCCUUGCUCCUCACCUGGUCCCUCUUGAAAGAACUUCCCAGCCACGGUUUUUUAAUCUACCUACUGAUCCUGAAGUCGUCACUCUAUCAACAGUCACAGCCCACUGGCAAUAAUAAGGCACGGUGGUGGCUGGCAUGUGAUGCCACAUACAUACCAGUGGAGAUGCCAACACUAUUAAAUCUUGCCACGCGGUCUUCCUGGUGAA